UGCUUUUAAAUUGUAGUUGCUAAUGGAUGAUUUCAAUAGCUUCACUGCUGACCAAUUAUUUCUACCUUUUAUUAAUAUUCAUAUUUUGGGAAUAUCUUCUCAAUUUGGAGCCAUACGUUUCCUUUUCUCUGGUUGUUAUGAAUUCAUGUUUUUCUUCAUAUCUCCUCUUUCCCCCCCUUGUAUAUAGCGAUUGUAUAGACUGUGCUAAUGAAAGAACUUGAUUAUAUCAGUCAAAAUUUUAGACUUUAUAGGCUAAGGGCUAUGCUUCAUGUUUUUACCGCUAUGUAAUCUGGCUCUUUAUCUGCUUCUAUUAAAUUGUAGAUGCCAGUGGAUGAUUUCAUUGAAAUGGAUGACUUCACUAGCUUCUGUACUAAGAUGGUAUGUUGACUUUUUUCUUGAAUAUUUUGGCAUUAAUACUUUUACCCUCUUAUUUUAUGAAUAUCUCUCUCACUAUCACAAUGUUUUUGCUCUUUAUCUGCUUCUAUUAAAUUGUAGAUGCCAAUGGAUGACUUCACUAGCUUCAAUACUGAGUUGAUGCCAAUGGAUGAUUUCAUUGAAAUGGAUGACUUCACUAGUUUCAGUACUGAGAUGCUGCAAUGGGAGGAUUAUAAUGAUCAAUCAAGUUUAGUUCAUCAAUAUUAUUCCUUGAACAAAUUAGAAAAUAAGAUAAUUUAAUUAAGUAAAGAUCAUGGUAAUUAAGUAAUGCAUAUUCUUAAGUUGAACCAUUUCUCUUUUGGUCGGUUGGAAGAGGGACCUUCCUGUGCUUACCAUAAGAAAAAUGGUAUGGAGUUGAGAAUAUGGAUUUCUCAGUUAUUAUGCUCUUUAUUUAAUUUAAUAAUCUUAUUUUUUUUAAUUUGAUCAAGAAAUAAUUAUUGAUUUCAACUAAACAAAACUUAAGUUCAUUAGUACUAAUUAGGUAUGUCUACCUUUUAUAAUUAUUGGUAUUUUGGAAUUAUCUUUCGGUAAUCUUGUUUUACAAUUCAGACCAAACUGAACUGUAAACCAAAGACCAUUAGAUGGGGAAGGGCCCCUAAUAUGAAGGGAUCUAACUCCAUCUAAUGGUUGGUGUUGUACAGUUUAGUAUAAUCUGGACUACACAACACUUUUUCCUUAUCUUUUACUCCUCUUAUUUACUAGGGAUAUCUGAAUUCUAAAGCCAUGUUUCCCUGUAUCGUUUUUCUUAAUAUCUUCUCUUUUCCUCAUCUUUUUUAGGAGAUUUGGCAGCUUGGGUAGCAAUAGUCACACAAUCUUCAAUACCUAGGGCUGGCAGGUUUAAUGUUACAUGAUAGUCUUGUAUUGGUGAACUUUGUGUGAUGUUUUUCUUAAAAUCUUGUCCUACAACAUAUGAGGUGUGUAGAUCUUUAAGCGUGAUUGACAUGUGUGAGACGUUCACUUGAUGUUGAUAUGUUAUCAAUGAGUUUGAACACAGCAACUAAGUUGGUUUAUUUUGUUGGGUUUUUAAUGUAUUUUCGUGUAAAUCCUAAUCCAUGAGAUGCGAAUAGGCUGAAUUUCAUGUGUGUAGAAUCUGUAGAUGUUAUAUGACU